CCCGCGUGCCGCACUCGGUGCUCAGUUGGGCCCCGCAGCCGUUUUCUCCUUCAGUUGCUGCCAGCAGCCGCCAGCGACCACAAGAUGCGAGCUCUCCUGCAGUGUAUAAGCCUGCUGGCUGUGGCAGCGCUGAGCGCCUGCCUCACAGCUGAUGCACCGCCACCUGGCCUACCCUCCUCGUCGGGUCCCGACGAGCCGACGACCGCCGACGGGGCAGGCGAGGUCGACGAGAAGGCGGCGGCAGCAGUGGCGACCGCGCCAGGAUCUCCGACGGCAGGGGCAGACCUGGGCCCUCUGCCACCCCUGAACAUAGACCCGGGGCUGCGCAAGGCGCUGCUGCAGGCGCUCACCAAGUUGGAAGAAGAGGCGCAGGAGCAGCUCGCUGAGGAGGAGCGACAGCAGGGCUCAGCAGAGCUGGUGCGACCUUCGGCCAGCGGUGUGCCCGGUUCGGCUCCAGCGUCCGGACCGGACACUGGAGUCCAGGUGACGUCACGCGGCACUUCCGGUGCCGGCGGCGACUUCAACUACUUCACCAGCCCGGGGGGCCGCCCCACGGCGGAGGCCAGCAGGGACCCAGAGCCUGCCUCCACCACCACGACAUCCACAACCACCACCACCACCACCACAAGCACGACGGCAGCGCCGCCAACGGCCAUCCCACGCAACCACCGCCCAGAGAGCGAACCGGCGCGCCCUUUGCCCUUCAACCUGCCAGCCAGCCCUCUGCCUACGGCGGCGACCCUGCUGUCGCAGCCACCGUCUGCGAGAGCUAACACAGGCAUCGCCGGGGAAGACAUCCGCUCCAAUGUCAUCCCCUCCUCGUCGUCGCUGGUCCAGCAGAAGCCCGUCGUGACGUCAGAGCUGGUGAAGAGCAUCUCCACCAACCUCCCCAGCGCACCAGCGGCCAACAACAUCACCAACGGCACCUCCGGCGGAAAGCCAGAGGUCGCCAUAUUCCAGGCGCCGCUGGUGGCGGCGUUCACGCUGCACCACGACCUGACCGGCCUGCCGCAGAGCGUGGAGCCGCUGGUGGAGGCUCCAGUGGCGUCUCCAGUCGCCUUCCAGCAGCAGCUGCUCGCCGUGCACCAGCGACACGUCUUCCUCAAGCAGCAGCGCCAGAAGAUAGAGGAGCUGGAGAGGCAGCGGCAGCUGCUGGCCCAGCAACGUGCAGAGCAGGAGCGCCAGAGACAGGUGGAGGAACAGCAGCUGCGCUUGCAGCUGGAGCUACAGAGACAAAGGCAGCUGCAGCAGCAGCAGCUGCUGGAACUGCACCGACAAAGGCAGCUGCUGGAGGCGCAGCGGCUGCGGCAGCAGCAGCAGCUGGAACUCCAGGCGCAAAGGCAGCAGCAGCUGCAGCUGCAAAGGCAGCAGCAGCUGGAGUCUCAGAGGCAGCAGCAGCAGCAGCUGUUCCUGGGACAGCAGCAGCCGGCGCCAUCUGUGAUACAGCAGCAGCAGGCCUUCUUCUCUGGCAGGCCGACACUGCAGGGAUUCAGGUCCCAGAGGCAGGAGCAGCAGUCGGCCACGGCCAACCCCGGCGUCGUGGACGUGCUGCCCAGCGUGGGCGCCGAGCUGAAGCCGCCGCCCCCGCCCCUGCCACGCAACAACGUCAACAACAACAACGCAGCGCAGUUUCGCGGGUUUUCCCCAGCGCUGAGUCAGCGCCUGCCGGCUUUCCUGCCGACGCCCGCAUCGCCUCAGCAGCAGGUGCGGGCACAGCAGCAGCAGCAGCAGCAGCUGCUGCAGUCAGGCACGAGCCCCGUGCUGAGUAGGCAGGUCCCAGACGGCAGGGGACAGCAGGUGCUGAUUCAGCAGUCGGUGCCCUUCUCGCUGCCCGUACAGCCGCCGCCGCAGCCACAGGACGUUUCGUUCCAGCAGUUCCCGCAGCUGGGCAGCUUCCAGCCGGGCCCGCAGGCCUUCCGCCCUCAGCGCCAGCAGCCGCCCCCGCCGCCAUUCGGCUUCCGGCCGCUGUCCCCCCAGCAGUACGACACCAUCACGCCGGCCCUUCAGUCCCUGCAGAGGCAGCAGCAGCUCCGGCAGCGGCCCAGCCUCCUGCAGAACAACCUUCUGGGCGGGGCCCUCCGGGAAGACAUCGACAUCGUGUCCAAGGUGCUCAGCCUCAACCACCAGCGCCGCAACGACACGGCUCACGAGGAGGAGCCCUCACUCAGCCCUUGAUGUCAAGUGUCGGUGACAUCGUGCGGCCUUCAGGCCGAGAACUUACUCAGCACCACUGCCUUUCAUCCCACAUACAUUCCAACCACCUCUCUCAACUCUCUAUUCACCUAACUCCACUUACUCCUCUCAACACUCAAACAUUUGCACUUGUAAGCUGUUACAUCUAACUAUUACCACUGCAGUCACUUGGCAAUCAUUCUAACCAGUACCUACAGCUGUAUACACCAAUCUUUCUUGAAUAAUCCUCCUGCUGGGAAACAUCUCUCAAAUCUGUCGUACUGAGCCCAUACACUCUUGAGUCACAAAAUAAAUUUGGCAGGCUCCCUACAGUUAUGGAAAUCGGAAACAGCUCCAGUCCCACGGAAUGAGAUGUUUAUCACUCAUUACUGGCGUCUGUUAUAACUAUAAUCAUCUUCAGAUUGUGUUACUUCAUAUUUAAUCAUGUCCUUGCUAUAUCUGUCUUGGAGCCUGCUGGAAAAAAUUGAAGAAAGAACUGUAACCCAUAGACGCCAGAAAACUCUCAGAGAACCUUAGAUAUUAGCUCCUCCAAUGCUAAGUAACACAUAGCCUACAAUUAUGGAACUAGGAAACAGCUCCAGUUCCAUGAAAUGAGAUGUUUAUCACUCAUUACUGGCAUCUAUUAAAACUUUAAACAUAUGAAAAUUAUGUUACUUCAUAUUUAAUAAGAAAGAACUGUACCCUGUAGAAGCCAAAAUACUCUUAAAGAACCUUAGAUCUUAGCUCCUUCAGCGCUAAGUAAUACAUGCCUACAAUUAUGGAACUAGGAAUCAGCUCCAGGUCAUUGAAAUGAGAUGUUUAUUACUCAUUACGGGCAUCUAUUAUAACUUUAAUCGUCUUCAGAUUAAAUAUCUUCAGCAUUGCGCUGCCCUGUCAGCAACUGUAUAAAUACUGGAAUAACACUUACUACCGUUUGUCCAUAGUGGGUAUCGUCAAGCUAAAACUACAAAUCCAUAAAUUAUCGUCAGACUGUGAAAAAUUCAUUAUAUCCUCUCCAGACCAUCAGAACAAUAACUUAGGCUAUCGCAAUAUUGAGUUCCUAAACAUGAUAAUGUUCACGAAAUCACACCAAGGCAUAAACAAAUGAUGGGACAUGUAAUACCACAGCGUUGCACAUCUAUAUGUCAAGCCAUCAAACAGUAACCAUUAUGACCAAUUCUGUUUGGUUUAUUCCAGUAGCUGCGACUUGCGACAAUAGCCUCCAGCCGCGUCUCAGCUACCAGAAAUCAGAAUAGAAAAUGCCCCUUUGCAAUUGCAGUGCGAUGUAUGAAGCCACGUUUCUACACAAAACUUCGCCUUGAUGAGGUAAUGCGAUCUGUGAUUUCAGACGCCUUUACAUACCACUGCAUGGCUCGCUGAUUGACACAUGGCAAUAGUUGAAUAAUGCUUACAUCCACCUUCUGGUCUGGCUGUCAACUCCCCACAGCAUUUGAUGUAACUGUUUCCCAGAAUGUUAGCCUGCGUUUUUACUCGGAAAUGAAAACGUUCUGGCUUAACGAUAUAAUCUGUAUCGAGUGUAAAUUUCAGAUUUUUAAUAGAAAUAUUAAGAUAAUUCCUCGAUGAAUGUCGUCUAGAAACUUGAUAUCAUCAAUACCCGGAAAUAUUUCUUUCCUUAGAGCAUAAAAAUCAUUGCAUACAGGCAUAGUACCAAUUAAAUUUACUCCUGGAGAAGUAAAGACAAAAUGUCAUCAGAAAUAUUUAUUGCAUAGAGCAUAAAAAUCAUUACAUACAGGUAUAGUACCAAUUAAAUUUCCUCCCAGAGAAGUAAAGACAAAAUGUCAUCAGAAAUAUUUAUUGCAUCAUUAUUGAAAAAAUUCGUUUUAUAUCUUUCUCAGCUCAAGAAUGUGAUUUGUGUGUUUAAUUGAAUAUAAAGGCAGUAACAGUUAGCAUUUAGUUUCACACAGUUCUGUAUAAUUUCACACUGGUACCUUCUAACAUUUUUCCAUAUUUACCGUGUAAUAAAAUUUUGCUAUUCUUGUAAUAAUUCGCCUUACACGUGGAAAACUAUAUUGUCUAAUAGAUUUCCUGAUGUCAAACUUACUUGCUCUCCUGCCACUACUAAACAAUAUCUGUAUCAGUUUCUGUUCAGCGAGUGUUUCCUUUCAUGUCCUUCACUGGCUGACACUUGCCUAUCAUCAUUCACAUCAUUUUUAUAUGAAUACAUUAUCACAUUCACAAUCAUUUCAUUAAUAUUUAUAUUCAUCGAGUAACACAAAAAUAUAUUAAUUUUAAUUUAGACGUUAGUGUGAAUGCUCAGUUUGAACAAUGAUGAUCAAAAUAACAAUAAAAUAAUUGUUUUCCGAUGUGAGAUUUUAAUUUUUACUGAUUACAUCUGAAAUCGUUAAUUAUGCAACAGACACGUGCUUCUCAUCAUUGAGCGAUGUGAUGAAAGCAAUUUUUUACUUUCUAUUCUGUUUUACUUAUAUACAAUAUCUUCAGUAAUAAUUAAAAUUUAAGAGUGCAACAUGUAACUGGUUUAAGAUAUAACUUGAUAUAGCUUUGUUCAGUGUAAGACUGCAUAUGCCAAUUGCGAACUGGUACAACUUUAUCUCUGAACCGUGUGCUGUAGAAUCGAUAAAAUAUUUUGUACAAUUACAGUAUUUAAUAUGAUAUUAUACUGUUUUUACACUGCUAGAAUUCUUCGAGAAAGUUAAAUUUUGUUUGAUGUAACAUGUUGCAUUUUCUUUGACUUCUGUUUUGCAAAAGUUUGCAGACUAUUUAUGAUAAAUUAUGCUCCAGCUAUAUUUAGUGUUUAAUUUCAGCUCAAAGAUAGUGAUUCCCUUUAAUUUAGAUGUGCAAUGUAAAGAUAUACGUUUUCUUUGACAAAGAAGAUAUCAAGAAUUUCUAAAGUGCUUUUAUGUUAAAAAUAUAGAGAUUUCGUUGCUAAAAUUUCAAUAGUUAGAGAACAUUUUCUUCUGUAAAACAGCUCAGAGCUAAAAAGGUUCGUUAAUUUUGCUUUGCUUACAGUUAAAAUAUCUCAUUUGAGAUAGUUACGUAGCCUUUGCUGGAUAUCUUAAUAUUAUCCAAAACAUUGCUAUUCAGUGUAAUUUAUUUAUGUCUGCUUCUCACCAUUCCUCAAACUUGUAAAAGAAUUAGUUACAUACAACAAUAUAUUUUCUUAAGUCCAGUUACAUACAACAUAUUUUCCGAAAGUCUUUUACAAUUACACUAAAUUUAACAAAAGCGUUUGCAAGUUUAUUUUUGUAUGAUGUAAAAUAUAUAUAAAUGUUACACAUUCCAAUCAGAUGUAUUUCAAUACUGUAUUAAAUUGUUUUUACUUUAUA